ACCGUUGAUUUUUCUAGUAGACAUCUCAACCGUUCAGUCGUUCCCUUUAUAUACCUAUCCUCCCCGCCAACAAUUCUUAGGGUUCUCUAGGGUUUUUGGUUUCCCAUACUCGGUUGGAAGUGCCCUUACUCAUAUUCUUCUUGCGUUUCUACAGCCUUAAUCGGAAGGAUGUUUACGGCGAGGAAGAAGAUCCACAAGGAUAAUGGUGUCGACCCCUCAGAAUUUGAGGAAACUGUUGCUCAGGCAUUGUUUGAUUUGGAAAACACCAACUCCGAGCUUAAAAGUGACCUGAAGGAUCUCUACAUUAAUUCUGCAAUUCAAGUCGAUGUUUCUGGAAACCGCAAGGCUGUUGUGGUCUAUGUCCCAUACAGAUUGAGGAAGGCCUUCCGCAAGAUUUACUUGAGGCUUGUUAGAGAGCUUGAAAAGAAAUUCAGUGGAAAGGAUGUAAUCCUGAUUGCUACUAGAAGGAUAUUGAGGCCUCCAAAGAAAGGAUCAGCAGCUCAGAGGCCCCGCACCCGUACUCUCACUUCUGUGCACGAGGCAAUGCUUGAAGACAUUGUAUUGCCUGCAGAGAUUGUUGGCAAGCGUAUUAGAUACCGUGUUGAUGGAUCAAAGAUCAUGAAGGUGUUCUUGGACCCGAAAGAACGGAAUAACACCGAGUACAAAUUGGAGAGCUUUGCUGCUGUUUACAGGAAGCUUUCUGGAAAAGAUGUCGUCUUUGAGUACCCAAUUACUGAGGCUUAAGACACCUUAUAUGUUGCACAUUUGGGUGGUGUUUAUCGUAGGUUGGAAUCAGGUGUGAGCUUUCCAAUUUUGAUUUCAAGUAAUAGAUUUUUGAGACCUCGCUUUUUGAAUAUGUGAUCUUGUUGAACCAUACUCUUGUCACAUUGGAUUAAUUUUCCGGUUUCAAUGACAUUCUAUCCACUUUUACUUAA